GCUUGUUGUGCAAGUGCGUGCAGAAGAAGGAGGAGCUCGAGCUCGGCGGUCGAGAGAGCUGGAAAUCGAGAGGACCACCAUCACAAAAGGAUAUCUGGCUAGGCCUGGGCCUGGGCCAAGCUUAGGGCAGUCCGGUCAAUUUCAACAAGCUUAUUUGCUCAUCGAAGACAAAUUCCAUUUGCUGUCUUGAAAUCUCCAUUUGGAAACCAUGAUGUUGUCUUUAUCAACCCGAGCCACACCCUCCUUGUCACCUUCGCACCAUGGAGAAGCCUGCCUUUGGGCUGGAAGCAAACCAUCUGCAAAGCUCCAGAAGUAUUCCUCAUUACAGAUGCCAAGAUGGCUCUCGCAACACUCCUCAGGGUCGAGGUAUACAUCUGGCAACACCGUAAGGGGUUACCGACUUGCCCUCUCCUUAGGGCUAAUUGCAGGUGGAACCUUCACAGCUUACCGCUACAUCACCUCAAACAGAGCUAGGAGAGGCGAGGUAGUCACAGAGCCUUCAGGAAUUAAAGGCCUUGUAGCAUCAUGCCAAGAAGGAGAUGGAAAAGUUGAAAAGGAUGACAGUGCUUUAGAGUCUUCCAGAAAGUUUGAAACAGCCAUCAAGAGAUCCAGGGAUCUUCUGCAAAGAGCUAAGGAUGAAGUUGGUGCACCAGGAAUUGUAGCCGCAGUCACUGUUGAUGGCAAACUGGUAUGGAGUGAAGGUAUUGGAUACGCUGAUGUAGAGAACAGGACUGCGUGCAGGCCGAAUAGUGCAUUCCGCAUAGCAAGUAUCAGUAAGUCGUUGGCAAUGACAGCAGUUGCUAGACUCAUGGAAGAAGGAAAGCUGGAUCUAGACAAGCCGGUCCAAGAAUAUGUGCCGUCAUUUCCAGAAAAGGAAUGGGAAGGAGAAAAGGUUUCUCUGACCACAAGACAUCUUGUGUCUCACAUGGGAGGUAUCCGUCACUAUGAUAAGUCGUACAUGAAGAAGAAGAAGAAAACAGACGAGAAGGAGGCUGAUGAGGACAAUCAAAAGGACAACAGUAACAAGCAUACUGAAAAGGGAGUGAAGUUGAGACAAUGUGUGAAUGACACUAAUAUGACAAAAGAUAAGGAGAAGAAUGAAGAUAACAUUACUGUGAAAUCAGAGGCCAAGGAUGAUGAAAUUAAGUCAAAGAAGGAAUUCAAGACUGUAACUAGUGCUCUGGAUUUGUUUAAAGAUGACCCCCUCAUGCACAAACCAGGAUCAAAGUAUGUGUACACCACCCAUGGCUUCACAUUGGUUAGUGCUGUGGUGGAAGGAGCGUCUGGCAAAGACUUUGUGACCUACAUGAGGACAAUGCUACGUGAAAUGGGUCUAACUGAGACCGUUCCUGACAAACACAUACCCAUCGUAUAUAACAGGGCAAGAGGCUAUCGCUACAACAAGAAUGGCAAGCUGGAGAACUGCCCCUAUGUUGAUCUGUCCUACAAGUGGGCUGGAGGGGGAUAUCUUUCUACUGUGGAAGACCUGGUUAAGUUUGGCAACAUAAUGCUCUACAGCUACCAACAACCAGCCAACAACACAGAUCAAACUUGCCUCCCUGGUUUCUUAAAGAAGGACACAGUUAAAACGAUCUGGGAGCCUGUUCCCAUAGCAAAAUCAAGACCCAGCAACGAGUACUGCUACGCCAUGGGCUGGAGCGUCUUAGAGAAAGAGCAGAAGCAUGCAUGCUGCGCACCCACCCGCCAUUUUGUCACUCAUAGUGGUGGAGCUAUGGGCUUCUCUAGCAUGCUGAUGGUAGCCCCAACCCAUGUCUGCUGUGAUAGAACUGACAAUAGUACAGAGAGCGAAAAGAGAGACGUUUCUGAUAUUAAGCAAAGUGAAAGUAUAUCACCAAAUUAUAGUUCUCAUAUUCCCAAGGGAGUUGUGGUAGCAUUGUACGUGAAUCUGCUUGAUACUGGAUUAUCAAAAUCAGCUGAAGGUAUAGUGGAAGCAUUUCAACAAUGUGCAAAUAGGGGAUGAGAUGGCAAUACAUGUAAUGAUAUUCGUGCAAUAAUAGGAAUUGUCUUCUUCACUGCCUUUUACGCCAUUUUAUUGGAGAUGAUUUGAGAAGCAUCAAUGAUUUUACGGUUGGUCACAUAGGUCCAUCCAUUAGCACUUGGUACUGUAAUAUUGCAAGAUAUGUUGAAUGAUUAAGCCACAUAUCAUGUGUUGCUAAAGAGAAAAGAGGGGAGAACAAAUUAUUGAAUAAUACAGUUAUCUGAUGUUGCUGGACAUUGUUCAAUUAACCUACAAAUUAUAAAUAUUGACCCUUUUAUAACAUGUUUACUUAUCCUUCAGUACCUUUUGUCCUGUUUUGAGUAUGUUUAUAAAUUGAUGUAUGUGUUGUAGGACUAUAACCCUGAUUCCUGUAAACUUUUCCUUUUUCUUGCUAAGACAAUUAACACUGUACACCUACAUCAUGAUUAAACGUCAACCCAAGCUUUGUAAUAAGUACAUUUGUGUGAAAGCAGGGAAAAAGAAUGGCAAAAGUUUGAAAUCAAAUGGACCAAUAAUAAGAGACUUAUGAAUGUUUUGAAUAUGAGAUCACCAAAGCUAUGUGAAUCUCAAAUUGGCAGAUUGUUUGUCAGUGGAUUGUGACAUAUUUAUGGACAACUCUCUUGUUUGUCGUGUACAAAAAUACCCAUAAUUUCUGUUUCUCUGCUAAGUGCCUUUUCCUUUGAGAUACUACUCAAAAUAAUAAUUGUGAAUAGCAUAUUAUUAUAAGUCCUCUAAAUAAAUCUAGUCAUGCAUUUUUGAGAAAAAAAUAUUAAUUUUGUUUUUUGGAACAAAUGGGAAAGUUGUCUGGCAUCACAGUGACACUGUCGAAUCAGCCAAUUUGCAGAACUUUCUUGCAUUUUCUUCUGAUUUCGCUCGGAACUUUCACCAGUCUGCUUCCCCCACCCUGCCCUGAGUAAUUCGCCUUUAAGGUUGCAUUUUUUGUUUGAGGUAGGUACAGGGGAAGUCCUCUCUGACAUUUAAUAGUUGUUGGUUUUUAUAUGAGCAGGAAAAUGAGAGAAACAUACAGAUGUUGUGUAAAAACAUGUUUGCAAUGAUUAGUCAAGGGUGCAUGUAUGAUUGCAUUUUUUUUUUUUUUAAUUCUGUUAGUACAGAGCAAAUGGGAGAGGAUCUUGCAGUAUAUUUUUAGAAGUAAUAUUUGGAAGCUCAUAUUUUGAGUAUAGUAUAGCCAUAUUGUACCCCUAACAUACAGAACAAAAUAUUUUGUGGGUGAGUGGUACACUCUAAGGGGGAAAAUUGUCCCAACCUUUUUACCUCCAGGAAGAGAUUAGGGACCUGGGCCUGUAUUCAAUUCAAUACUGAAGUACAAAAUUUAAGCUUUUUACUUAGUAUUUGGCUUAUAUAAUAUACUAAGCCAAUUAUGGUAUUCAAAUCACACUUUUGUCUAAGUAUUUUACCCUAAAUCUAAGCCAACUCCAUACCAGACUUAAGCCAAUUAUUUGGAGGCCUUGAUUGGCAGGCAUAUGGUUUUCUUACGCAGUAAUAUAACAUGCGCACAAUUAUAUCAUCGCGCAUUAAUUACGAUACAUCAAUUGCGCAUUACUUUUGAUUGACCGUGUGACGUCACAAUACUUAUCAGUAAGUAUUUUACUUACAUUUUGUCUUGCGGAAGUAUAAGUCUAAAAUGCGAUUUGAAUACGAGAUAAGUCGAUUACUUAACUUAGCCAUUUACUUGGUAAAUUUCUUACUUAUGCUAUUAAAGUAUUGAAUUGAAUACUAGCUCAGGAGUAAAUCAUUGUUAUUGUCUAGACAAAAUAUGAUACCUGUAAUAGUCUGUUGAAUAUACCAAUGCUGAAAUACUAGUACCGUAUACUUGCAUUAUUUUUUAAUAACUGUGACAUGACAUUUUAUAUAAUGUUUAUGUUUAUGAAAAGAAAGAAGAAGAAAGUGCAAUUACUUCAAUUCAAAGAAGUGUAAUGUACAUAUUCAUGUAUCUGCAUAAAUUAUGGUCACUUUUAUAAUCAUUUUGAGGCCAAAAUAAAAGGCAUGCGUCUCUCAUGAAGUGUUGAGCUUCUUUGUUAAGUAAAUAUUAUACACUUAAAAUGGAAAUGAA